GGGGAUUGGAACACCUGAAACACAUGAUAUGGAGGGGAUUGGAACACCUGAAUCACAUGAUAUGGAGGGGAUUGGAACACCUGAAUCACAUGAUAUGGAGGGGAUUGGAACACCUGAAUCACAUGAUAUGGAGGGGAUUGGAACACCUGAAUCACUUGAUAUGGAGGGGAUUGGAACACCUGAAUCACAUGAUUGGGAGGGGAUUGGAACACCUGAAUCACAUGAUAUGGAGGGGAUUGGAACACCUGAAUCACAUGAUAUGGAGGGGAUUGGUACACCUGAAUCACAUGAUAUGGAGGGGAUUGGUACACCUGAAUCACAUGAUUGGGAGGGGAUUGGAACACCUGAAUCACAUGAUAUGGAGGGGAUUUGUACACCUGAAUCACACGAUAUGGAGGGGAUUGGAACACCUGAAUCACAUGAUUGAGAGG